AUGGCUGCGAAUGUCAACAAACCAACCGACAUCAAGCAGAAGGAGGACGACAUCAAUCGCAAGCUGCAGAUCUACGGCAUCUUUCAUGCAUUCAAGAAUGGUAAAAUCCCGUCGAACGAUCAAAUCGACGUGGCAUUGAACAGCUUCCUGCAAUCCACACCUCUCGCUCGCCCCUCUGACAAGUUAUCCGACGACGGAAAACUACUGGUCGAGGAUGCGAGAGAGGUGGUGAAGCUUGCAAAACAACUCCUGCUUUCCAAGAACCACGGCAAUCUGAUCCAGGACUUCAUCUGGCAGACUACCCAUUACGACACACAGAGCGUUCAAGGCCCGGGAACUCCCUUGACCAAAGACGCCGCGACGCGAGACAAGGACGAUGCUCUUGAAGGGCUCAGAACUCUGGGCACUUUGCUCAUCACCAACGGGCAGUUCCGCAAACUUCUCAAGGAUGCUAGUAUCUUAGUCCGCGACAUGGUUGGGGAUGGCGCUACUAACGCUGCCAACUUUGUUCGUCCCUCGGAUGAGCAACUCCGCCAAAUGGACCACGCCGCCCCAGACAACACCUGGCACGAGAAGCCCGACUUUUCCAAGGACAAUUUUAAAAACCAAGCUCGAAACAUCUACAAGGGCGAUCCGAAGAAGGACGCCCAAGACGUCGUCUCGGCUGCUGCUGGUGGAACUGGUGCAGUGCCUCAAGCUGGUACUGGUGCAGUGCCUCAAGCUGGAGUAGCACCUCAAGGGGGAGACAUUCCUCAGAUAAGAGUCGCUCCCGAAACAGCAGUCGCACCUGAAUACGGAGUGGCUCCUCAAGCUGGAGCUGUCCCUCAGGUUGGAGCAGUUCCUCAAGUUGGAGCAGUUCCUCCAGCCGCGACUCCUCAGGGCGGAGUCACAGGCACAUCUCGGACCAAUGCAACCUCCGGUCUCGAUGCGGCUCAGGCAGUCGUGGAUCAGAAGCUGGACCGUAAUUUGGACGACGAGACGCAAGAGAAGGUCCAGAAGCGGAACGAGGAGUACCGCCGCAAGGCCAGAGAAUACCUGAAAAAGAAGAUGCCUCAAGAGCGCAGAGAACAGGUUAUCUUUCGUCUCAAGAAGAUUGUGCUCGAAUGCCAGCAGCACCCAGAUUACUCCCAAGCCGUACAGACGCUCCUCCGGCUGGCUGAGGAAUACGGCCGACAUGGGCGCAGGUAUGGAAAGGGUUCCGCCGACUCUGCCAAGGAUGUCCGUACUGGACUUUCCGCAGCCGAGGAAGAUUUGCGCACUCUGAUUGAGCGAUUUGCCAAUGGCACCUCAACCGAGGAUCUUUGGCAGUCCAUCGGCCAAAUAUACAAAGAUGCCGACAGGGACCAGGAGCUUCGAGACUGGUUCAAGCAGGUUGAUACCUACAUUCGCAAGUGCCUGUUGGAGCAAGGCUACGUCCUUGAAGACGCCUCCACUGAUGAAUGGAACCGGCUCUACGACAAGGGUCGAUACCUGCUGCGUGAGAAAUAUCGCGGCCACACCGACCGCGUUAUUGACGAGCUCAGGUUUGUCGCGGAUCAGUUUGACCACGACCCUCAGAACAAGGCAUUUGGCGCUGCAGUCCAGAAACUAUUCAAGGACUUGGGUAAUGAUGAGAAUGGAAAGCCAACCUUCAAGCCUCACCUCGUCAAGGACCUGACCGAAGUCAUUGUCCCCGCCAUUUUUGAGAACAUCGCAUACGUGCCGAUUCCACGCAUCGAGUACUCUGAUCCCAAAGUUGAUGCGGUCAUUGAGAAUCUGGUCCUCGAGAGCGACAACUUCAUGCCAAAUGUUCUUGAAGUCGCCAGCGACAAUUACUUCCGGUGGGGACGCAAGAAGAUUGCCAACAAGCACAAGAAUACCGCCGACAUAAAGGUUACUGGUGUCCAAAUGGAUCUCCGAGACGUCAGCUAUCACAUCAAGAAGAAGUCUGGAUUCCCCUCCAUCACCGACACCGGAGUACUUGAUCUUUUACUCCCUGGCGACGGCUUCUCCUUCAGGUUGAAGGUGUCCACUCCCGAAAAGAAGGACGCUCAGCACGUCUUCAAGGUGGAAAAGGUGGACGUCAACGUCAAGGGCCUGAAGCUCAAGAUUAAGAAGUCCAAGCACAAGCUCUUGUUCACGCUCUUCAAGCCCAUUGCGCUCAAGGCCGUCCGCCCGGCGCUCCAAAAGGCCAUUGAAAUGGCCAUCAAGGACGAGUGCGACAAGGCUGAUGAGUUCCUCUUCCAGGUCAAGCAGGAGGCGGACCGUGCUCUUGAAGAAGCCAAGGAGGACCCCGAGAAUGCACCCAACAUCUACAACCGCUACUACAAGGCUACUCACAAGAGAAUUCUCCAGGGCAAAGCGAAGGCCAAGGCCAUCACGCAGGACAAGAAGGUCAACGUCGCUAUGACUAAACAGGAGAGCAUCUUCCCCGACAUCCACCUUCCUGGAGGCAUCAGCUCCAAGGCCACGGAAUACAAGGACCUCGCUGCCAAGGGCGAUAGAUGGGAGAGCCCCGUCUUUUCCAUUGGCGACGCCCAGAAGAGCACGGAUAUCCCUCCCGUGCCGCGAAUCGAGAGAAAGACCCAUACUGUAACUGGCGGGCGAGUUAACGGAAACGUUAACGGCUCAGCCAAUGUAGGAGGAGGUGGCUUCACGGCCGGAGAGGGCACAAGUGGCCACUCACUCGGCGGACAAGGCCUCACUGCCUACUAG